AUGCACCUAAUUUCAAGUUAUAUGAUUGGCGAUGAUGAAAAAGUGAGGGAAGUCAGAAGCGAUGAAGGAAAAAGCAAGGAAAUGAUGAAAGAUUACGGAUCCUAUUUUCAAUCAUAUCCUCAUUUUAAAAAGGAAGUAGAUAUCGUCGUCGGCAUCCCUCACAAAUAUCCGAUGUCCCAAGAGGCCAAAGAUACGGAUCGCUUCGUAAAAUUACAAUAG